CCUCUCCCCACAACACAAGUAUUCAAUUUUACUCCCUCUUGAUUUCAUCUUCCACCAAACUCAAGAUUCCACCCUUUUUUUUUUCUCUCUCCUCUCUCAAGAUUCUCCCAAAUUCUGGAAUCAUCAAUUUCAGAUUAAAUUAGGUUUUUUUUUUCUUCACUACACUUAACACUAACACUACAUCUAUGCUACACUCGCAAAUAGUUUCGAUUUUUUUCUCAUCUUCAAAUUCAAUCUUCGCAAAAACAAGCUUGUAAGCUCGUUAAUGGCGAUUGAUGAUGAUACUGAAAGCUGUAGUAGUAGACCUUUCGAUUCGUCACCGAAAACGCCGAGAAAUCAUCAAUACCUAAAACUCGAAGUUUUUAACGACGUUCUUCGUAGAUUACAAGACUCUGAUUGUUGCGACGCUAAACUUCCUGGAUUUGAUGAUCAACUUUGGCUUCACUUUAAUCGUCUUCCUGCUAGAUAUGCAUUGGAAGUUAAUGUGGAAAGAUCAGAAGAUGUUUUGACACAUUUGAGACUCUUACGCCAAGCUGAAGACACAGAUAAUUUACUUGCUUACGAUGUUCGUGUUGUACAGGUCAAUCUCACCACAAAUGGACAUAUUGGUGAUUCUUUCGAUUCACAUUCUUCGAUGGAUGAAGUUAGCCAAGGUUCUGUCAAAAGCUCGGUUGGUCUGGGUCUCUCACUGAGCUUGCACCCGCCACCUACGUUCAGCUCGUUACCAUGUCCCGAGACUCAUGAUGUAAAACAUAAUGUUGAAGAUAGAGAUAGCUUUAUAAAUGCUACCUUAUCGCACCCUGGAAGGGCGAUGCAUGAAAUUACCUUUUCAACUGUUGACAAGCCGAAACUCCUUAACCAGCUAACUUCCUUACUGUCUGAGAUGAGUCUGAACAUCCAAGAGGCUCAUGCAUUUUCUACGGUUGAUGGCUUCUCUUUGGAUGUUUUUGUUGUUGAUGGUUGGCCUCAUGAGGAAACUGAGCAACUUAGAAGUUUAUUGGAUACUCAAAUUCAAAAGAUGAAGCAUCCUCAAGUGCAAGAGUUUUCAGGGGCAGCUGUUGGUGAUAAUCAUCAUGAAGCAGUAUGCUUGCACAGAAGUGUAAACGGAACGGCAAGCAAAAAUGAUGAAGUUGAUAUUGAUCAGAGCCUUCUAAAAGUUGGAUCUAAAGUGGCAUCUGGCUCACACGGUGAUCUGUACAAAGGGACAUAUGUCGAUCAGGAAGUUGCAAUCAAGGUCCUAAAGUCUGGGAAUGCCAAUUCGGAUGUGGUUAAAGACUUCUUCCAAGAAGUUAAAAUUAUGAGGAAACUUCAGCACAAGAAUGUUGUGCAAUUCAUAGGUGCUUGUACAAAACCUCCGGGCCUUUUCCUCGUGACUGAGCUCAUGCCAAAAGGAAAUUUAUACGACUUUAUACACAAGAGAAAGGGUGUUUUCAACUUACAGUCGCUACUAAGAGCAGCAAUUGAUAUUUCCAUGGGAAUGGAGUACCUUCACCAAAAUAAUAUUGUACACCGGGACCUUAAAACUGCCAAUCUGCUUAUGGGUGCAGAUGGAGCUGUCAAGGUCGCUGACUUUGGAGUUGCUAAAGUACAGACACAAUCGGGAAUCAUGACAGCUGAAACAGGAACCUAUAGGUGGAUGGCCCCAGAGGUUAUUGGACAUAAACCGUAUGAUUAUAAAGCGGAUGUCUUUAGCUUUGGUAUUGUUCUCUGGGAGCUUCUAACUGGCGAACUUCCUUACUCCUCCUUGACCCCUUUGCAAGCUGCAAUUGGAGUAUUUCAAAAGGGACUUCGACCUCCUAUUCCUAAGAACGCUAAUUCAAAGCUAGCCGAUGUAAUGGAGAGAUGUUGGCACCAGGAUCCCGCUCUCAGGCCAGAUUUUUCUGAAAUCAUCGAGAUCCUGCAGCAAGUAGCCAAUGAGGUAGUAGAAGUUGAUAGUUAAUCAUCUAGCGAAGGAUUUUUUCUCAUCGAGCGUGCACGUCAGCGAUGCUGCAGGCGUUUCUAAUUAGAUUGUAUGAUAUUAAAUCUAACUGGUUCCUUCUGAGGAUGACUAACUGGUAUCCCACUUCCCUACUCACGUUACCUCAAGGAGGGAGAGGGGAGGAUAAAGAGAGACAGAGAUGAUGAUAAUGGGUUGUAGAUAUCCACUUCUGAGGAUGAUCAAUUUGGUGUCACUAUGUAUCCAUUCCCAAUGUGUAAAUAUCCACUUCGGUUUUGUAGUAUAUCAUCUCUUCCUCUGUAUUAUAUUUUAAACCGGUAAGAAAUGGAAUACUUUCUGUCUUAUGUAUA